UAGCAUCCUCUGUUCCAUGAAGCCCCCGCAGCGCCUUUUGGUACAGUCUGCCUGAUAUACUCGGAGAUGCUGGGAUGCUUGCUGUCAGUCAAUAGACAGGAGUCAAUAGACAGGAGUGAAUAGCCGGAGCAAGAGCGAUGGGGUUGGCAGUAUAACCAGACGCUGCCGCUUCGCCCAAUGACUCGCCGCAGCCCGGGGUCCGGCCGUGUGAGCCUAGCGCCGCUCUACUGAUUUCUCUAGCUUUCCCGUGGGAUUUUCAGCUGAGGGGCUGCCAUGCCAGAGGCUGGAUUAGUCAUGUUAUCCCCCCAAGAAGCAGCCAAAAUCUACCACGCUAAUUACAUUCGGAACUCUCGGGCCAUUGGGGUCCUGUGGGCGAUCUUUACCAUUUGCUUCGCCAUUGUAAACAUCGUGUGUUUCAUCCAGCCUUACUGGAUUGGGGACGGAGUGGACACGCCACAGGCCGGUUACUUCGGCCUCUUCCACUAUUGCAUUGGCAGCGGCUUUUCAAAGGAACUGACCUGCACGGGAAGCUUUACCGACUUCUCCUCCAUCCCUUCGGGAGCCUUCAAAGCCGCGUCCUUCUUCAUCGGCCUGUCCAUGACCCUCAUCAUCGGCUGCAUCGUGUCCUUCGGGCUCUUCUUUUUCUGUAACACAGCGACAGUGUAUAAGAUCUGCGCCUGGAUGCAGCUCUGCUCCGCUGCUUGCCUUGUACUUGGUUGCAUGAUUUUUCCAGAUGGCUGGGAUGCAGACGAGGUAAAGCGAAUGUGCGGCGAAAAGACUGAUAAAUACUCUCUUGGUGCAUGUUCGGUUCGUUGGGCAUACAUUCUGGCAAUCAUUGGAAUCCUGGAUGCCCUCAUACUUUCGUUUCUUGCUUUUGUGCUUGGUAACAGACUGGACAGUUUAAUGGCAGAGCAACUAAAGUUGGAAAGUAAAGAUGAUGGAAAUGCCUAAUAUUAAUAAGUUUUAUUAAGCUAAUAUCUACAUAAAGAAGCACAAAUGAGACAAAGUAAUAGCUUUUAUACAGCAUUCUCUCGUGUUAAGAAGACUUCACUGUGUGUGGACAAUACAGAUCCGGGUAACAUUUCAGAAGCAUUUGAAAGGAAAAUUACUUUAAAAGAUGUGAAUCUGCAUCACUGCACACAACUUAAUUAAAUUUCAUCUCAAAAGAACUAUUUUAUAUUCAGUCUUCUUGUUAUAUACAUAGGUUUCUCAUCCUAGAAGUUGUCUAACAAGUUAUAUUUGAUGUCUAGUAAAUAGAUUGUAUAUUUUAUUAACUACAUCAAAUUGUCUAUAAGCUUUGCACUCAGACACUGAGAUUGUUAUUAACACGGUCAUAUUUAAGUGGAAUAUGCCUAUUAUCAUUGUUGGUCAUGAAGCAUUUGAGUGUAUACUUCCAAUAAACUAUAAAUUAUACAGGGACAUGGAUUGUGCAAUCACAUGAAGACUGCAAGAGUUUUGUAGAGGGCUACAGCAUUCCUUCAUCAGUUUUAAUGCAUUGCCUGGAGGGUAAGGAAUUUGGAUGAUUUGAAGAGUUCCGAUCAUCAUUUUUGGGAAAUGUAAAUGGAUUCUCUCUUGUACCAUAGAAAAACACAUCGCAGACCCUGCACCCCUGAACUGAUUUACUUGUCACACCCUUAAACUGACCUCUGGAUCUUUUCCUCAUUCUGUCUGUUCAAUCUAAAUUGUUCAACUUCUUAUUCAGUAAAGGAUUUUUUUUUGUAAGUGAAUAAUUACUGUGAUAGAAGAGAAAUUGACAGAACAAAUAAUGACUAUGAACUACUAAAAUACUGUGUGUAAUUGUAAUGAUUUUAAAACAGGUUUCUCUAGGAGUUUAAAGAUUCAAAUCUUGGUAAACUGUUGUAGCACAGAAUGGAUCUGAAUUGUUUAAGUGCUCCUUCAUGUUAUUCAUUUUUGCUUCCAUCACCUCUAAAGAAACUUUGGAACCUUAAUAAGAAAACUUCUCAUAUAUAUUAUAUAUGUGCUAAAUAUUGUGUGGAUCCUACAUUUAUGGUAGUAAAAUCUUUUAGUACGAUAAUGUGUGUUACCAUGUCAGUAUUAAGGAGAGAGCCUCGUAAACAUCACCACACAUCCACUUCUAUAGUGUCAUGCUGUUAUACUUUCAUUCAUGUCCAUAAAUGAAACACUUGUGUCAAAUGUAAAUGUCGAAGCAGAAAAUCCAACCCAUUUUUUCAGUGUAUACUUUAUGGAUGCCUUAAAAGUGCCAUUUUCGUGUAA